GAUGCCUUCCUGCAGGAGUUUCCAGGCCCUCUGAGCCCAGAGACGGCCUUGCCGUGGAAGGUUCUGGGAGCGCCUCUGAGCCAGGAGGAAGUGGAGGGAGAGAUGAUGGAGCUGACCCUGGGCCUCCUCUGCAGCAGGCCUGGGAUCAGGCUGGGCUGUCUCUGAGGUCGCCUUUCUGCCUCCUACCAUUCAUCCAUGUCAAUGACUCCUCUGUCUCCCAGAGCUGACCAAGGGCGGGCCUGGCCAGUCUCUCCCCAUUCCCCCCUCUCCGCUCCCCAUAGCCCUUGUGGCCCUUGGGGUUCACUUUGGAAGGUGACUGGGCCACAUGUCCACCAUCUUUGUUCCGUGACAAACCCCACAGUCGUGCAGGGAGACAGACCCUGUGCUUAUUCCCAUUUUACAGUUGAGGAAACUGAGGCAAACAGAAGGGAAGUGACUAGCCCAAGGUCACACAGCUCCUAAGUGUCUGAGGCUGCAUUUGAACGGGUCAUCCUGACAACACUGCACCACCCCAGUGGGGGCUGACAAUGGGGACUGUUGGAUCCUGUGUCCACUGGUUUUGCUUCAUGUUUUAGUUUGUUGUGAAGUUGGCUUCAGCCUAGGGGCUGAUGCUGGGAGUGACCAGGAAGCGGUGAUCACAAAGGACAAGCGUGGAAAGCUUCAUCCAAACCGGGCCAGGCCCGGUUAAUGUCAUUGGCCUUUUAAACAGUGUCAUUCUCAGACUUUUGGUCUGGAUUUGAGCAGAGCAUUGGGGGAAGUCCCAGCUGUUCUUGGCGAAGGCCUGGAGAAAUGUGGGCCUAGACAGGGCUGCGUGUCCAAGCAUCCUCGUGGCUGAGCGGCCACUGAGGCUUUGCCGGCUGUGUGCCUGGGAGGUGUCUGGUGAAGUGCCCAGGGGCUCUGUGCUUCCCUCCCCCAAUGCAUACUUUCUUCAGGGCCUUGAGGAAAGGCGUGGAUGUGCAGGUGGCACAACGCUGAGGGAGGCGGCUCACACACUGGACCCAGAAGAUUGUGACAGAGGAGCUAAAUGUAAAAUCUUAUACUCGGGUUCAAAAAGCUAGUGUCACCUAUCAGGCAGGGAGGCUGGAAAGCAGUGGAUCUGAAAAAGACCCAGGGGCCUUAAAGGAGCCCAACAAGCUCAUUGUGAAUUAACCACAUGAUGCAGCAGCCACAAAAAGAUGUCCCCUGCCCUGCUCAGACCCCGCUUGCAGUGUCCUGCUCAUUCUGGGAUUCCCUUUGAAGAGGGGCAUCCGGAGCUGAUGAGCUUCUAGAGCAGGGUGACCAGGGUGGGCAAGGGCUUUGAAUGCCUUCCUCCUUGCCUCAGAGGAUCUGUUAAAGGACAAGGGGGUUUGUUUAGACUUGAGAAGAGGCGGCUUAAGGGAGAGCCACCUUCCAGUCUCCAAAGGCUCAUCAGAUGGAAGACAGAUGAGCCCGGUUCUCCUGACCCAAGAGGGCAGAGCAGUGGGUACAAGUCACAACAGGGCAGCCUUGGAUGUCAUCUGAGGAGAAACUUCAUGACAGUGAGACCUAUCAGUCAGUCGAAUGACUGGGCAGGAGGUAGUCCACGUGGGUGUGUCUGAGGUCUGUGCCGGCUCUGAGAUGGUGACCCUGAGGCAGGGGACGGGUCAGGAGUCAGCUCCAGAUCUCCCUGUUGCAGGCCCAGGGCCCAGGGGCAGGUCAUGGAGUAGAAAGAAUUCAGAAUUUGGAGUUACAGCUUUCCACACUGGCUCAGACGUUUCUUGGACAGAACAGCCAGGAGAAGACUGGCCUCGCCGGCAGAUCUGCCAGGUGGCCCUUCAGCCUUUGCUUGAAUACCUGCUGCCCAGAGGCCCUCAGCACCGCCCCCCCCCCCAAAGCUGCCCCUCACGCAUGGGGGUCUGUUUGUCAGGACUUUGCUUUUGACAUCAGAGCUACACGUCUCUGUACCCAUUGUUCCUGGUUCUGCCCUUUUGGGUCUCAUCUCUCACUGCUGUGGGCUGCAGACUUAGAACCACACAGGGCCCACAAACUCAUCUGGUUCAAACUCCAUCUUUCAGAAAUGAGGACCGGGAAGUCCACGGAGGCUGAGCCUCCCCAAAGGCAGAGCCAAACGGACACGCCCUUGUCUGACAGCUGGAGGGAGCCAUAUCGUCUUCCCCCAUUGUCAUCUUCAGCCAAUCUUUAGGUACCCCAAUCUCAAGGACCCCCCCCCCAUCCCCGCUGCCUCCUGUCUACUCCCCCAGUUUGUUGAUACCUUUCUAAUUGUCAAGACCUAAUACCCAGCUUGGCUAGGGAGGGUGCAAAGGUGUGACUGUCCCCUGGACCUUCAUCUCCUGACUUUGGUCACCUAAGAGCUGCCAGGUGUGAUGGGGACUCGUUCUGACCCCAAGGGGAGUCAUGUGAGUUCUCGUUGUACAGCACCUUCCGCCAUUUUGUACUCACUCGUAAAGUCGAUUUGGGGCACCCAGGCACAAAACCAUUUCUCCCUCUCGAACACCUGUCUGAGACUCAACCUGAAGUUCUGAACCCUGAGACCGUUUUGGUCUGAACAUUCUUGUCACCUGUCCUUCCUGGCUUUGUCAAAGUCAUUAACAAGAGUGUUCAAUAGCCAAGAGCAAGGGCCAGCUCCCAGGACACUCCCCAAACAGGUCUUCCAAGGUAACCUAGAAUCAUUAGUGCUGGACCUGGAAUGGCAGCACCUGGACCCAGAACCUGGUGACUCCUUUCCCAGCCCUUGUCUGUGCCUGGGGGCUCCAGCUCCGAGGCUGCGACUGUGAGGCCCACGAGUGAGCUCUCUUUGGGGCUGACCAGGCAGCGCUCUGGAGUGGCGUGACCCGGGCAAGCUGCCAGCCUCCGCCUCAGCCUCCCUCCAGUUCUGCGUCCCUAAAGGAGGGCUUGGACUCCAGGGCCUCUGCGGUGCCUUUCAUUUAGACUGGCCUAAAUCUGUCCUUCACUGACCUCUUCCCAAGAGAGGAACGAGAGGCUUUUUCAGAUGCUUCUGACAAUCCUGGCAAACCAUGUCUUCAGAACAGUCCUCUGACCUACCAGUCUGCUCGCUGUGACAAAAAAGGAAACAAAGUCAGUCAGCAGAGAUCUCAUAAAGCGCCUACUACGUGCCAGCACAGUGUUGGACACUGGGAGCACAAAGACAAAAGGGAGCUGCCUCUGCCCCCCAAGAGGUGUCCCCUACUGGGGGAGACAGCAUGCGCACAUAGCAUAAGCAGAUACAGAAUACGGACACACUCCGUGCUUGGUGCGGUCCUGCGGGGAGGCCCUCACAGCCGCAGGAUCGGGAGCGGCCUCCUGGAGGAUCUGAUGGUUGAGUGAGGAGUGAGGGUCUCCCAGGCAUGAGCAAAGGAGUGCGCUGUUACCGCUGGCAUGCAUGCUGACUCACGAAGCCAUUACCCAGCUCAUGCGGGCAGACCUCUCUGCCUUCAGGCAACUGCCCAGGCAAGAGGAGGAGGAAGUGGAGGAAGAUGGGCUCAGUGUUUCCUUGCUGGAUGCAGAGAGCCUGCAGCGAUGUUUCUUCAACAAGCUGUGGGAAGUUUGUAGCCAGUGGCAGAAGCAGAUGCCAGCCCCUUCCAGAUGCACUUCUCGUCCCUGGCUGAUCUCUAUCCAUGCCAUCCGGAACACCCGCCGCAAGAUGGAGGACCGCCAUGUUUCCCUUCCCACCUUCAACCAGCUCUUUGGCUUCAAUGACCAGGUGGAUCGAGCCUACUUUGCUGUUUUUGACGGCCACGGUGGCGUUGAUGCUGCCAGCUACGCAGCAGUCCACGUGCAUGUCAACAUUGCCCGGCAUCCAGAGGUGACCAGAGACCCGGCCGAGGCCCUCAGAGCAGGGUUCAAGCAGACUGAUGAGAUGUUCCUCCGGAAAGCCAAGCGGGAGAAGCUGCACAGCGGCACCACAGGGGUCUGUGCGUUCCUCGUGGGACGCACCAUCCACGUGGCCUGGCUGGGAGACUCCCAGGUCAUGCUGGUGCAGCAGGAGCAAGCCCUGGUGCUGAUGGAGCCUCACAAGCCAGAACGCCCGGAUGAGAAGGAGCGCAUCGAAGCCCUGGGCGGUUUUGUGUCCUAUGUGGACUGCUGGCGAGUCAACGGCACCCUGGCCGUUUCCAGAGCCAUCGGGGAUGCCUUCCAGAAGCCGUAUGUAUCUGGGGAGGCUGACGUGGCUUCCCACGAGCUCACUGGCACAGAAGACUACCUUCUUCUGGCCUGUGACGGCUUCUUCGACUCUAUCCCGCACGAGGAGGUAGCCGGUCUGGUCCGGGACCUUUUGCUCCAGAAGAGGGGCGGCGAGCUCCGGAUUGCCGAGGACCUGGUGGCGGCCGCCCGUGAGCGCGGCUCUCGUGACAACAUCACCGUCCUGGUGGUCUUCCUCAGGGACCCCCAGGAGCUCCUCGACCGCUGGAGCCCUGAGGUGACAGACACCCCGCAGGACCUGAGCGUGGGAGGUCCGGCCUCUGCCCGCUUUGGGCCCCAGAGUGCCAGUCUGGGCAGCAGCCUGGGCGGCCCCUCCCUGCCCUGGCCUCCCCACCCCAAGAUUCCUUAGGAAGCGAGGGGCCGCGCUAGGACUCAGAGGCUGGCCUGGGCCGUUUGCUCAGUGUUACUAACCCUUUCCCAGGGCCUCGUGUCCAGCCCACCCCCGUAGCUGUGAAAACCAGGUUCCAUCCUGGGCAGUUAGGUCAAUGCUCCCCUGAAUUCUCUGGAGCUAAUAGUGAUUACCAAAGAGCGUUCUCUGCAAAGCUGCCUGCCCUUCUGGUGCUGGGGCAGACCAGACGGACCAAAGACAGCCAGGCUGGCCCAUGUGUGCAGUGUUCAGCAGGCCCUGCAUCCUCAGCUGGGGGGAGACACCGAGGACCAGGAGGAGGAAGAAACAGCACGCAGAGCCUCCCCUCCCCUCCUGCCCUCCCAGCCCCCUUGGUGACCCGUGGGCUCGGCGCUGGCUGCCUGGGUGGUCUGUGUCCUCUCCUCCGUGGCUGCACCAGGUGCCCACACCCUUUCACAACAGUCGGUGCCCUGUGAGUUUGACUGGGCCAAGCAGACCAGGGCAGAACCUUCCUGGCAGUGUUGCUUUGCAGGGACCUUCUCGUCCAGAAGAGGAUGUAAGAGAAAAGCCUUCAGCGGCCUCAGGAAGGGGAUGGUGCCCAGCCCGGGAGGGGAGGAGCAGAGCAGGAGUCCAGCCUUACCAAGGACCUGGCGGGGAGGCCAGUGAUUGUCCCAGAGUAGCCUCAAGGGGAGUCUGGCUGUGCCCACCUCUGUCACCCACCCGGCUCAGCCCUGCAGCCUCAGGCAGCCUGCUCCCUUCCUCUGUGCCUCACUUUCCUUUCCUGGGAAAUGGGUGGGUUGGAGUAGGGGGGGGUCACAGAAUUGGAAAGGACUCCGCAGUCAUGUAGUCCAGACUUUUCCUGAGCAGGAAGCUCUUGUCCUGCAUCCCUGACCACUAGCCAUCCUGCCUCAGGGCCCCGAUUUACUCUGAGGCUGCAGCGCCCUGUGAGCUGCUUCUCUCCCCUGCCUGGGCCCGCAGCCUCAUCUGCCCAACGCUGUGGGUGAUUUCUCUCUCUGAGCUUCUUUCCGGCUCUAGGCCUAGGAUCCAAGGCCAUGUGGCUCCAAGUCCGGUGGCUGGGGCUUGCGUUGGUGUCUUCUCGUUUGCUCAGGGCCUUUCAGCUGCAGUUCCCAGUGGGUCAAACCAACAUUGUAGAGACUGAAAGCCAGGGGAGAAGGUCCGGCCAGGCCGCGAGGAGACAGGAGGUCCGGUCUUGCCUCCCAGCUGUGCCGUUGGUCCCCACCACACAGUCUGGACACCCUUGCCCACAGUGCCUCAGGGAAGGAUUUCAAAGAAUCUACCCUGGGAGGUCCGAUGAAUGACUCCCAUCUCCAGCAUUCCUGUCCGGCAGUUUUCCAGGCUCUGCCCCAACACCUCAGCCCCUUCGUGCAGUUUCCAGAUGGCAUGUGUCACAAAGAGGAGUGUUGGCUGGAAUCGCUGGGGGGACGCCCCAGGGGAAUCGGGAAGAACUGUUUGAGCUUGGUUGCUGGUGCCCACUGCUCCGCCUGAGGCCAGGCCCCGGCUGCCUUCGCUGAUCUGGCCCAUCCUUGGUCCUGGGGCGUCUCCUUCUCCGUUGGUCACUUGGCAUGCUGGGCCCUGGAAUGACCUCAUGAGAAAGAAGGCCCUGUAGCAUUUGGCCGGUCACUUGACUGGUUCAGUGUUGACUUUUUCCAUUUCCCUCAUUCGGCUCCAAUAUGUGGGCCUCCCAGCAAAUGGCUGAUUCACAGAUGCUUCAUCCCACACGGGCUGACUAUCCGCAUCCUCCCCUUCUGGCUGUCGCUAGCUCUUCCUUGUCCAUCUUGGGGCCCAAGGGAGUGGCCCAUGUGGGACAUACUGCCACCCCCGCCAGGUCCAGCGUGGAGGUCAAGCUGCUAUGGCCAAGGGACGGAAAGGAGAGGACCCCCAGGAGUCAGCCUGUUCUCCCUCCCUCUCCCCAACACACUUCACUAUGGAAACCUUACUACAUGAGCCCCCCAAGUGCAUAGACAUUUCUCAAAGACUCGCUGCUGUGAUCCACCGGCCGCUUAGAGUUCAGUGUGCCAGUGUAGCCCACAUGUGGCCCCUGGGUGCUGGGAUCAGUGUGUGGCAGAGCUGUGCCCAUACUAAGGCCUUGGAGAAAGACCCUUUGUUUCUGGCUCAGCUAGACUGGUGGACUAGCCUGGGGACCCAACCUGGGGGCCUAACCAGAUGCCUUUCCAGGUUGGGCUGCCAGGCCCACACGGCCUGACGUGGUCAGUAUGGCUGCCUCUUGAUCAGUACCAGGGAAGAGCAGCCUUAGGUUUGAAGCCACUUGGCACCUGUCUCUGCAGGUGGCGUGGUGCCCCUUCCAGCGCGGGUGCAGAGAGGCCUGGUGGCUCCGAGGGGCUGAGCCUGAGGGUCUUAAUGCCCCCGGGGUUGGCCCUCCCAGCCAAAUGCUGGUUGGUCGGGGCUGCUCUGCACAGCAUCCAUCUGCGGCAGACAAGGGUGAUUAAGUAUUAUUAGUGUCUAUUUUUAAAAUGAAGUAGGCUGGGAGACUUAGCUGCAAAUGUCAGCUCCUUGUACACCAACUCCAAAAGCAAGGAGCCAGGUGCCCCCUCCCCCAGCACACGUGCAUGUGCACACACGCACAUGCACACAGAUGCACACGCACGCACAUGCACAUGCACACACAUGCACGCGCACACACAAGCGUGCACACACAUGCACAUACAAGCACAUGCACAUGCACAUGCACACACAAGCGUGUACACACACUUACAGCUAAUCCGGAUGCCUUUCCUUCUUCAAGCUGGGAGAAGGGGAGGGGAAGGUCCACCCUCCAAAGGAGAUGGGGGACAGGCAGUGAAGACAGGGGGCCUGCUCAGGUGGGCAUGUUGUGCUGCCCCCAGUGUCCCAAUGGUGGAGGUCAGAGGAGAGGUGGGCCUAACUCAGGAAGAUACUGUUACUGUUUCAGGUGCAGUGCCCAGUGUCCCACAAUGCCUUUGUCCAUCCCUUGGGCAGGGCGCUGCCACUCUUGGGGCACCGAUCUCCUCAUCUGUGGCAUGAAGGGCUUAGCCAGAGAUGGUCCUCCAGCCUCCCCAUUGGCCCUCCCAGAGGCUGCCCCCGGCCCAGCUGGACUCUGGAUCAUGACUGCCGGCCUUUAGCCCUGAGGGCUUGUUUGGCUCAGGUUGUAGAAUGAGUAGGAAGGCUGUCAUGGGGAGCCAAGGGCUGUCCCAGGGUGAGGGAGAGCAGAGAGGAGGAGGGUGUGUGUUGGGGUGGGGGAAGAGCAGAGAGGAGGAGGGUGUGUGUGUGUGUGUGUGUGUGUGUGUGUGUGUGUGUGUGAGAGAGAGAGAGAAAGUUUUAAAUGAAAAUCAGGGCUUGGGGGCGGGGGGGUUGGCAUGGGGAGAGAGCAACCCCUCCCCAGCUCGCAAGGAGCAGGCAGCCCUGAAUGCAAGCUCUUUGGGGCCCAGAGCUAAGUACUCCUCAGCCUUGUUUGGCAUGGCUGUGCUUGAGAGGAGCCAUGCACAAACAUGUUUCCCGCCUUCAGCGCCUGGGCCCAGCGGUGGCCACAGGAGGCCCCAAGGAUGCGAGGCCAGAAACAGCAGGUCACGGUCAGACUCCCCGGGCGUAUCGCAUACUGUCGCAGCACCAUGUCUAGGAAGGACUGAUGCAAGCUGGAGGCUGUACAGAGGGGGAAGCCAAACUGGAGAAGGGCUGAAAGAAUGGGGGUUGAGCCCUGAGAAGUGGGACGUGGCAGCUGCCACCAGGGACCCGAAGGGGCUGCUUCACAAGAAGGAUUAGACUGGUUCUGCCAGGCCUCAGAGGGCACAACUGGCAACAGAAGAGACGCUUCGGCUUGCCGGAAGGAGGAGCCCAGGAUUGGGCCCCCGCUGGUAGAGGCUCAGUGGCCAGGGUCUCCACAGAGUCAGUAUUCAGAGGAGCUCUGGCCAGGGGGCUCAGUGUCCUGCAGGAGGAGCAGGCCUAAGGCCGCUUCUCUUCCUACGCCUGGGCUGGGGGGCCCAGGGGCUUGAGUUCUUGUGCCAGCUUUCUCUUGGGCAGCCCAUUCCUCUUCCCCCACCUCAUUUUUCUGACCAAUGAAAUGUUGGGGGGUGGGGUCUUGUUGGCCUCGAGCCCAGCUCAGCACAACGUUCCUUGGCUGGACAGUAAAGCAGUAUUCUUUGCCAGUGGAGGUGGCUUGUUGCUACUCUAUUUAUUGGCUGACGCCUCUUUGCGUACAUUUGCAUGUAUCCCGGUGUGGAGCAUGCCUUUAUUCACUAUGGUGACGCUCUCAUUUUUGUGAUGCUGCAUCGGGCUUCAGAAAGCUUUUCUUGCACCCCGGGAAGCCUGCUUGGGUCCUGAGUGGGAGGGUCACUCUCCUUGUUUCCAGAGAAGGGAAGUCACUUGCCUGCGAGAGAUCUCUGAGCUGGGCUCCCUCUGCAGCUGCAGAAGCAGCUCAGACUCCACUGUACCCCCUCCACCCCCACUUUCUUCAGUGUGUGUCUCAUUGGGAGCACAAUUGUUUAAACCAAAGGAAGGGCAGGUGCCGCCACCGUUUGAAUUAUGUUGGCAUAAAGUAUUAAUAAA